CCGCUUCCGCCUCGAUGGCGGCCGCGGCGCGCUAGAGGGGCCGUUCCGGCGGGCCCCGGGGCAUGCCGGGACGGGGCCGCCCCUCGCUGGCCUCCGCCGAGCCGCCAUGGCGGCGCCGCCGGUCGCGCUCCUCGUGCUCCUGCUCCCGGCGGUGGCGGGAGGCGGCGCGGCGCCCGCGUGGGACGAGGCCGGUUACCUGCUCUACUGCCCCUGCAUGGGCCGGUUCGGGAACCAGGCCGAGCACUUCCUGGGAGCCCUGGCCUUCGCUCGCGCCCUCAACCGGACCCUGGCCGUGCCGCCGUGGAUCGAGUACCGCCACCACCGGCCGCCCUACACCAACCUGCACGUUCCCUACGCGCAGCUGUUCCGGCUGGAGCCGCUGCGCCGGUACCACCGCGUCGUGGCCCUGGAGCAGUUCAUGGCGGAGCUGGCGCCCGCGCACUGGCCGCCGGGCAGGCGGGUGGCCUAUUGCUUCGAGGCGGCAGCACAGAGGAGCGCGGACAAGGCCACUUGUCCCAUGAAGGAUGGAAACCCAUUCGGCCCCUUCUGGGAUCAGUUCCAAGUGGAUUUCGAUAAGUCUGAGCUCUUCAAGGGAAUUUCCUUCAGUCCUGCGUACAAGGACCACUGGAUCCAAAGGUUUCCCCCCUCUGAGCACCCUGUGCUCGCCCUUCCUGGAGCUCCAGCCCAGUUCCCGGUCUUAGAGGAGCACCGGCCGCUCCACAAGUAUAUGGUGUGGUCCGACGAGAUGGUGAAGAAAGGAGACUCCUAUAUUCAAUCCCUGCUGGUCCGGCCCUAUGUGGGAAUUCACCUGAGGAUCGGCUCGGACUGGAAAAACGCCUGCAAUAUGCUGAAGGACGGGACGGCCGGGCCACACUUCAUGGCUUCCCCGCAGUGCGUGGGCUACGAGCGGAGCACUGCAGCUCCCCUCACCAUGGACAUGUGCCUGCCUGACCUCGCGGAGAUCCAGCGCGCGCUCACGCUCUGGGUGAAGAAGACAGAAGCUAAAUCUGUUUAUAUCGCUACUGAUUCCGAGCCCUACAAAGCAGAAAUAGAGCAGUUCUUCCAGGGAAGGGUCAAGGUUGUGAGCUUGCAGCCAGAGGUGCCUCAUGUUGAUUUGUACAUUCUCGGCCAGUCCGAUCACUUCAUUGGGAACUGCGUCUCCUCCUUUACAGCCUUUGUGAAAAGGGAGCGUGACGUGCACGGAAAACCCUCCUCGUUCUUUGGCAUGGAUCACCCACCGAGGUUACGGGAUGAGUUCUGACUGGCGCUGGAACGGGCUCCGUGGUUCUCGGGGCGCUGAGCUCGGUGCCUUGCUGAGGUGCUGCCAGUGUUCUCCUGUGUGCAGAGCACGCUGCGGGGCUGCUGCUCCCUCUGCUUCUCCACACAGUCGCUUCCAGACUGCUCUGUCUGACUUCUCCUGGGUUUCCAGCGUGAGCUCAGCCAGAAAGGGAAUUUUAAAUCACAUAGUUUGUAGGAAACUAUCAACUCUUUGUAGUUUUUAUGAUGUAGUUAUAGGGCUCCCUGUUCUCGCUCCUCGGGGCUCACCAGCACUCACGGUGAAGCAGCUGCUCAGGUUGCUGCUGCUCUGGUAUUUUAUUCCGUUAUUUUUCCCUGGAGAUGUUGUGAAGCUCCUCUCCAAAACGGACCAGGACUUCUUUUUAACUGCAAAGUAUUGUCAGGCACGCCCCAGUUACUGGAAAGCAGGCACAGGGCAAAGCUCAGGACUGGAGGUGAGCUCUGGGUCUGGCUUCCGUGGUGGCCUCACUAGCCCCGUGUCACCGCAGUGCCUCUGUUUCCAUUCCCCUGUCAAAGGGGGCUUCACACCCGUGCGUGGUGCUGCUGGGGGCACCUCUCUCUGCAGUCAGAGAAGUGUGUUUUACAUGGCAGCUGCUUGUUCAGCCCAUCUCUGUAUUGAAAUGGGGAGAAGGUGUUUGCAGAGACCUGGGUGGGAGAUCUUCCGUAGCCAGGUGAGUGUUGGGGGCCCCAUGGGGCUUGUAGCUCUGUAGCUGUUGUCAGGUGGAGAUCCAUGGGCAGCGUGAAGCUGGUUUUCACCUGAGAUUUGUAGAGUAGCCGUAGCAGGGUUGGUGUAGGUUGUACCUUGGACUGUGGUAAUGGUUUCUGUGUUCUUGGUUUUGUACUUUGUAAAAUAGCCCCUUUGACACCCAGCCCUGUCUGGGGGGGCUGUGGGGAGUGUUCACUGACAGUGAAACAGCGCCCGAACCCCUCGGUUUGGCCUGGUUACGCUUCAGUGUUGGUAACACCAGUGACCCCGAUGUGGUGAGAUGCAACCAACACCUUUGGUGCUCCUGUAGCUUCAUUUUUUGGUCCAGAGACUGAGCACAGACAUUACUGUUCCUUUCUAAAUGCUGCUGAGGUGAGUCCGUGGUGCUGGUGCUCCGAACCGUGUGGCUCAGAGUGCUAACACUGCAGGUGACCCUCAAUGUCCUUUGGGUGCUGGGUUGUUUCCUCCCUGGGAACGUUUCCUGAGCUUCGGAGGAGCCUGAAGGGUCCAGGGGGCUGAACGAGGAGGGGUUGGAGGCAGCAAAGGCUCCUUUCGCUUUGUCCUCUGUGCCGGCCCCCGGGAAUGGUGGGAUUCGGUGGGUUUGGGGUGCUCAGUCCCUGCAGCUCCUCGGGGCUCCCCUCAGCUUUAUCCCCCUGGUUGGUGCCCUCAGUGCUGCUUUGCCUGCUCCCGGCGCCGGGGCGGCCCUUCCACGUGCGGGGUGGAACCGGGGUUCUUAGAGAAAACCUGGGGGGUUUUUAGGGGGGAAAAAAAAGGGUAUUUUUUGUACAAAUAAAGCCUCGAUUCUGUAUUC